AAUGAGCAACAUGACUUUUUCAUUGAUGAAGAAAAAAAAAUUUAUGUGGUUAAAAAAGAUGAUGAUGAAGUUUUAGAUAUUUUUUCAAAAUAUGCAUUAAAAAAAUAUUUAGAAUCAAGUAAACAAAAAUAUAGAUUUAAUACUUGUUUUUGUUGUGGAAAAAUUGAACUUGUUUUUGUGAAAAAGACCAAGUUACUUAUCAAAGAAACUAUCAAUCAUUGUAAUGUUUAUAAUUCACCUUUCACUAAUCAAGUCAAAGAAGAUUUUAAGAUGAGAUUUUUUGAUUAUGAUCAUUUAUUAAAAUUUUUCAAUCAUUAUGAUAUUAGUCAUAAAUAUGAGAUUUAUCUUU